UCCACUUCCGCACCAUGUGAGCUCCCCGGACUGGAGCUCAUUUGCUCCCGGUUGGACCAGGCAUCCUCCGGGACAGAGCAGCAGCAGCAGCAGCAGCAGCCCGACACGGCCGAGGCUUCCGUCCCCCAGAGGAAGCGACAUCCAGCGAGAGGGAGACCGCAGGCCGACCAUGACCGCAGACGUGGCGGUGUCUCUGUCGGUGCUGGCGGGGAUUGUCGCACUGAGCGCCCUGAGCCGCACGUUGCUGAGCAGGGCCCUCGCGGACACCGGGCUCUCUGUGUACGCGGUGGAGCUCGUGUCCACCUUUCAGCUGUGCUGCUGCACGCACGAGUUAAAGCUGCUGUCCGACGUGGGCGGCAUCGAGCCUGGACUCGCGCUCACCUUGACGUACCUGUUGGCCGUGAUCCACGGGCUCACCUUCAGCGGGGCCAUCGGUAACCCAUCCGGGGCGCUCGAGCACGUCUACCACGCGAAACUUUCGGGCGGGUGCGCCCUGCGGCGGAUCGCGUGUCAGUUCGCCGCGGCCGCCGCCGCGCGAGCCGCGCUGCCGGUAGUCUGGGGCGUUGGGCUGUCAGACCUGCACGUGCGGCACAGGAUGCUCGGUUAUCGGUGCAUCAGCGCCAUUCAAGCGCCGCUGCCGAAGGCCACCGCCGUGGAGCUCGCGUGCGCCUUUGCGGUUCAGACGGCUGUCACGCACACGCGGUCGGUGGAGGAGAAAUACCGCGUGCACGCCGUGGCUGCGGUCAUCGCCACAGUGGUGUACGCAGGAGGCCGUGUCACAGGAGCAGUGUUUAACCCGGCCUUGGCCUUCUCCACUCAGUUCCCCUGCAGUGGAAACUCCUUCCUGGAGCUCUGCCUGGUCUACUGGCUGGGUCCACUGCUGGGUGUGAUGAGCUCCAUGCUGCUGUUCGACAAAGUCGUCCCUCUGCUGCUGAGGACGCCGCCGUCUCUGCAGACCAAGAAGAGCACCUGAGCGGACAGACUGUUGGGUCAGAAGAGGAGGAACACUGAGAGGAACUCACCUGAGCGCCUCACAUGCAGUGGACCGCGAGGGGACAUCCGGCCUGCAGGUGGCUCAGGCGCUGAUUAAAGAACUCACUGAGCACGUUUUAACUUUCCAAGGUGAUCCGUCAAACACUGAAGGUCCCUGCUGUCCCAGAGGUCGUUUUAAAAUGUCUGCACGCCUUUUUUUUCUUGGAUCAAUAAAAACAUGGCGGAGUUAAGCUUUGAACGUUUAACUCCGCCCACCCAGGCUGCUUUUCAGGCAGCAUCACAGGCAGUCAUACUUGAUUUUGAAGGUCAGACUGGACCCACACGUGCAGUGAAAACACAUUUAGUGUCGUAGUUGUGAUAACCUGCACUGAGCCGAGUGUUGUUUUUGUCUGACAGGAUGGUUUACUUCAGCUAAUUCACUCAUUAUUCAGCAUCCUGAAGGAAAGCUGAGAGCCUGAGCACGAUAACAUUGUGACAAUAAUAUUAAUGACA